ACCUUUUUAUCCUAACGAAUUAUUUUUGUUUUAUCCUGAAAGUUACUGAGAUUUUCACCUAAAAAGAAAAAUCAACGAGAAAUUUAGAAACAUAUGCCAUUCGACUCAAUUUUCGAUGCUGACGUCGAAUAUGAUAUUUUUAUUGCAUAAAAAGUGAGUUCUAGUUGAGAAAAUAGAGAAUUACAGGCAGAGUUUCGAUUUUUUUGCUCCUGAUUUAGAAAAAAUGUAUUCUCUUAGUGAUAAAGCAAAAUAAAAGAAAAAGGCGAUCCGUACUUUUAAAGCUCGCUUAAUGGCGGUUCUAAUGAAUAUAAAUAAGUCAUAAAGAAAAUGAUAAAAAGUUAAAAAACCUGCAAAAAUGGGGAUGCUUUGAAUGCGGUUCGUAAUGAACAGACAAAAAAUGGGUCAACUUAUAUUCGUGAAAUUUUAAAUCAACCGUUUUCUUACACAGUUUUUGAUACUCCUUCCAUUGAUAUGUCCAAAAAGAACUUUCAUCCAUUCAUUACCGAGAUAGAGAGUUUACAUGUUGACCAUGUCAACUUUACCUUAAAAUCGGUCUGCCAAAAAAAGUUUGAAUCGUACGGAAAAGUUUUGUGGCGGUAGUAGAUCAGAAUUAUAUAGCAACCUAUCGAUUUUUCUUCCUCAAUAGAUAGUCUAAAAUAUCUUCUAGCUAAAACCAGUACACUUUUCUGGAUCAGAAACUAUCGAAAACUCAAUUUUCACUAAAUUACUUUUGAACCAAUAUGAAUGUGAAUACAUGAAAUCUGAGAAUUAUUACAGGUUUUCGAAAUUUAUUGCUGUCCGAUGAGUUUGAUAUAAUGAAGCCACAGUGUGCGCGUCGUCCAUAUCAAGAUAUGACAAAACCUUUAAUGCAUUACUACAUAAACACAUCUCACAAUACGUACUUAUUUAACAGUCAAGUAAUUGGUGCAAGUAAUGCAGAAGCCUACAAUCGAGUCUUAUUAAAAGGUGGACGAGCUGUAGAAAUUGAUUGUUAUGAUGGACCAGACGGCCAGCCGAUUGUCUACCACUCGUUUACAUUUGUCAAAUCUUGCACUUUUGAGACAAUUAUUAGAGCAAUUAAACCGAACUUAUUUAUCACGUCUCCAUAUCCGGUUGUUCUUGAUAUUGAAAAUCACUGCACAUUUUCUCAACAAAAAGAGAUGGCUCGUAUUCUUAAAGAAGUUUUAGGAGAUUAUUUGCUAACAGAAGCAAUAUUCACCGAUGAUCCAACUGUUUUACCAUCGCCUGACGAACUGAAAUAUAAAGUGUUAGUGAGAAGUCCACAAGUUACUCCACUGAAAGCAUUACAAUCUAUGAAUCUGCAACUGCCUCUAUGGACAAAAGUCGUGGAGCCUGAGUUUGAUAAAUUACUUCUUUACUUACGGAAUGUCCUUUAUGAUGCAAAAACUAAUUGUAAGUUGACAAACUAUUUACAUUAUCUUUAA